AUGUCCACAUUCCAAAUCCACUACUUCGCCAGCGCGUCCACUUAUACCGGCAGAAACACUGAGUCUCUCCCUGCCCCGCUGCCACUCUCCUCGCUCUUCGAUACGCUCGAGGCAAAGUACCCGGGCAUCAAGGAGAAAGUGCUCUCAAGCUGCAGCAUUAGUCUGGGUGAUGAGUAUGUUGAUCUUGUUUCCGAUGGGGAGAAAAGUGGGAACGAGGGGCUCCUGAUCCAGGGCGGCGAUGAGGUUGCCAUUAUUCCGCCGGUCAGUUCGGGAUGA